GAAGAGAAGAGUGAAAUACUUGAAUAAUUUCAUCAAACUCGUCAGAACAUGACUGCAUGAUACAGAAGUCGUCAUUUGUAACCCUCACAGUAGGUGUACUAUGCGUUGGUGCAACUUCUAAAGCAUCUACAAUCAGCAACCAUGGGCAGGCUAGAAUCUUUGACUGCUUGGGCAUUGGGCCGAACACCAUAUGAAGACCAAGUAAUCUGGCCAACUCCACCAGAUGUUCCGGAGAAUGCUGGCUAUACACAGAUAUAUGAUGAACAUGGACAUCCAAGAAAUCCAGAAACUAAACGGAGAGAGCGAGAAAACAUUCGUGCAGCUAAUGAAGUGAUGCAAGUCACAGGUAUUGUUGAAGAUUUGACUGCUGUGAGGGAAGCUGCAAUAUUACACAACACGAAGAAAAUUGAAGAGACAAUCAAAGGUCUAAGGAUAUUGGAAGCUGGCCGUGCUACACUACAUGCUGGUGUCUGGGGUGCUAUUGGGUUCAGGCGAAGAGUUCUGCUCUACAGGUCAUAUUCUGAUAUUGGAAUCCUAGCGUUGAUUCAGCACGAGAGAACCAGGAGAUCUGUCACAAAUCUAUUCUUUUCCGGGCUUCCCACUGUUAUAGCAUAUCAUGUAUCAGACUGGGUAGGCUGCUUCUUGGAAGUUCUUCUGGAUCAGAUGUUUGGUGAAGAUGAGCGAAGACUUACCUCUCGAGAAGUAUGGACCAAGUACAUUGCCGGGGAAUUUCUCAAUUUAGGCUUUCGUUAUAUCACAUUACACUUACGAAUGUUUGCUAUGUUGCAUCAGUUUGGAUUGGUCGAGUAUAACCAAUUCUUACCUCCAUUGAUGUCAUUGAUUCCAUUCUCGAAAGCAUCACUACUCCAAGCACCACCUCCACCUUCAAAAAACAUCAGUUCAAUUCUUUCAUGGACACUAGCUUUGCUUCGCUCCACAGCCCCAAUUGUAGUAGUUCUAUUUCACGGAAAGUUCAAAUAUAUUGUUUCACGACUAUUGUAUCGACCUAUAUUCAAAUCUCUACCUCGGCCAAAAGGAGACAGUAUGUUUGCUGGAUUUGGAGUCGAAGCACCAAUAUUGGAAUUUGAUACCCCAGACGAUCCCGAAGAAAAUCGCCCAGUUCGAGGCGGAGAGGAAGAUACGUUACGAGCUCUUGAAGGCUUGCCGGCGCUGGAUAGAACAGCACCUCGACCUCGGCGCCACACUAAUGCCUCAGUGAGUGUUGAUCCUGGUGAGGAUGAAGAUCCGCGACCAACACUAAUCAGCUUUGACGUUGAUUCUACAUCCACAGCAGCCGAGCCAACUGUUGGUCAUGGAGCAUGGUCGGCUGAGCUUCGAAGUACAAAUGUUCCAGGAGAACCAAAAGUUGUCAAAUACCGCAAAACCGGACUUACCAUGCUUCCAACUAUACUUGCUGCAGAAGGAUUUAGAGAACUAGCCGCUUCCAUUUUUAUAACGCCACUUGAGGCCAUAAUGUUGCGAUUUGUCGCUAGAGCAUACGGAAAUAAAGUUGGCUUCGGUUUGGACAACUUCUACGAAAUAGGUUUCCAGAUGCCUAGCUUGAAGCAUUUGAUCUCUUCGUGGGCUUUCCAAUUCAUCGCAACAGGAAUUGUGUGGGCUGGAUUCACGUUUGUUAUUGAGUACGUCGCAGAUGUGAAAAAAUCAGAGCAACAAAGACCACUUCCCAUAGGACCAGACUCUGACUGAGAUAAUCUACUUGUUUUUUAUAUCAACAUUGGGAACUUUCAUAUAGCUGUCGUUAUUUGAACUGUGUAAUCGGACCGAGAGCAUCCCCGCGAACAUUUGACUGUCGGUUCCACAACUUAAAAGUUCUGGAGGUUGGGGAAUGGAGACUGGAGUAUUGGGGCAGCUGCAUUGUUUCACUCCUAUGGGCUAGGUUGUCGCAUGGAAGACAAACUUUCGUUCUUGAAGACAGGAUAUCAGGGGUGAUCCAGCAUGUGGAGUUGCGAAAUCAAGAUCUCCUGACUCGAAUACGAUUGACGCCUUGACA